AUGAAGAUUCCACCACUCAGGUCCCUGGAUGAUAUGUUUGGGUCCAAGUUCAGUGUCCCGAAGGAUGAAAAAGCGUGUGAUAGAAUAACGUCCAAUCUGCUUUAUUAUCAGACAAACUACUUUCUUAUCACCAUAAUUUUCAUGGGAAUCACCUUGUAAGUUCGUGGUUGUUUACAGCAUUUGGAAAUUAGUAUUUUAAGUCCGCUAAGCAUCCUUCUGAGUUUGUCAACUGUAGGCGCCUGUAUACUCCUGUAUGCCAAUAUAGACAAUUGGUGGCCCUUUGCCUCUCGACCGUCGGAACUGUGGGUCUUUGUAAUAGUCUCUGUCGGUGUGUUCCUCUAUCUCUUGCCUUUUAUGACACCCGCCCUCUUAUGUCUCGGCUCAAUUUCUUUAGGUAAGUGAACUGUUUGGAUUUGAAACCUCUUAGUAAUUCUGCUUCACGCAUAUUUUCGACAACGUAACUUCAGAAAUCGUGUGGUGCGGAUUCUUGAUUCGCAUGCUCCUGGCGAGUAUCGAUCACCCAUGGGGCUUCUGCUUGGACAAACUGAAAUGUGA